AUGGUUAAAUUCACACCCCUUUUCCUUAGAUUCACACCCUUCCUAAAAAAUCUCCGAUUCAUUUUAAUACAUCCGACGCGCGAGCUCGGGAAGUACACGAAGCCGACGAGGCUGUACCCGAGCUGUCCAUGGGAGCUCAAGAUUGCGCGCCGUCUGAUCGUCGACCGCAAACUGGCGCCGCGCUUUCAUGGCAAAGAGAUGCAGGAGGAGGGAUUCACUUUCGAGUGUCCGAUCUGCUUUAUGCUCUACCCCGGGAGUCUGAACACGUCGAGCUGCUGCAAGAAACCCAUUUGCUCCAAGUGCUAUCUUCAGAUUCGGCCGCCACGCAAAACGAUUUCCUGUCCAUUGUGCAACCAUGAAGGGUUCACUGUCCUGUACACGCCACUGACACCGACAGAGCUCACCUCGACCCAUUCCGUGACAAACGGAACGUCUCCGCGUCGAAGUAGCGCCAUUGGUAUCCCCAAAGCUACAGAAAAAGAGUGCACUAUGACGUCAAGUCUGCAGAGUGUGCAGUACGCGUCAGUGGAAGACCAUGAUCGGAUGCGCGAUUCGCUUCGCUUGCAGCUUAGCAUCAGCGACAAGCUUGUGACCAGCAGUCCACACCCGAAUCGUGUCGCAGCGCUGAAUGAUGCAGCGUUCUGCUUUGCGACAACACCCGCAGACGCUGCGCGGCUAGAGGAACUAAUGCUCUUGGAAGCUAUCCGGCGGUCGAUGCAAGAUAUUAGCGUCGAAAAAACGACGAGGAAUGAGGGAAAUGGCAGAAUUUUCGGCUACCUAACAACGUGA